GUGGUGUCAGAGCUCGAGCGCGGCGGCGACAUGGUCGGUCAGCAGACACGGCACCCACACCGCGAGCGCAGCCCCACGCACACGACCCGCAGGGCGCUCUGAAAACACGUCCGCCCAGCUCAUCCGCCCGCUGCCGAGCAGGCGCAGGACGGCGUGCGCCGGCAGACAGUAACGGCGAGGCAGGGAAGGGCUGCGGGGAGCAGCGUGAUUGCGUUUCUGUCAGUCACGGGGAAGGGAGCCGCGCAGGAGCAGCGCUGCUUGUUCAAACUUUGGACCGUCUGGGAGGAGAACACGGUUCCGAGACUUUCUCUCUUAAAACAAAGGACAGAAACCCCAGCGCUCCGCAGUAUGAGUGGGAUACAUUAGGGCCGGUUGGGAAGACGAACACAGGGCUGAGAAACAGGAGCGAGGCUCGUCUCCUGCGGUGACUGGCGUCGACGCGCCGCGAGCACCUCCGUCCCCGACACGGGGAGACAAAGGGAGCGAUUCCAGGUCCCUCACCCCGGCUUUCGUCUUUGUUCGGCAGAAGGAAUUAACAACAGGAAACUGACAUGAUGUUUCCACAAUCCAGACACUCGGCUUCGUCCCAGUCAUCACAGCCGCUGAAGUUCACAACCUCGGAUUCUUGCGACCGGAUCAAGGAUGAGUUCCAGUUUCUCCAGGCACAGUAUCACAGCCUGAAGCUGGAGUGCGACAAGCUGGCGAGCGAGAAGUCCGAAAUGCAGCGCCACUACAUCAUGUACUACGAGAUGUCCUACGGGCUGAACAUCGAGAUGCACAAGCAGGCGGAGAUCGUGAAGAGGCUGAAUGGAAUCUGCGCUCAGGUGCUUCCCUACCUGUCACAAGAGCACCAGCAGCAGGUCCUGGGUGCCAUCGAGAGGGCCAAGCAGGUCACCCCUCCUGAGAUGAACUCCAUCAUCCGGCAGCAGCUCCAGGCUCACCAGCUGUCCCAGCUGCAGGGGCUGGCCCUGCCCAUGACCCCUCUGCCCCUGGGCCUCACGCCCCCCACCCUGCCGGCCGUCACCUCCAGCUCCGGCCUCUUCUCGCUGUCCAGCAUCCUGGCCUCGCAGGCCCACCUGGCCAAGGAGGAGAAGGCGGCGCGCGAGGGCAGCGACAGCCACCGGGACGAAGAGGGGGACAAGUCCGACUAGCGCCUCUCCAGACCCCUCCCUGCUUCUGCGCCAGCCCUGCCUCCAUCGCCUGAUCCCCCUCGCACCCCUUCCUCGCGCCCUUCCCCUCUGAGGCUCCACUCGGCCCAUCUCAGUUUCUGGACACGCCCCUGACCCCUGACCCCUGACCCCUGACCCCUGCGUGCACCCCGCGCGCAUCUCUCCAGUCUCUUGUUGCUUCACCCUCGUUUAUUCCUUUAGCCGGCCCCCCCAGUCCCCCCUGAGCCCCCCCACCCCCCGGCUCACAGUACAGUCCGGCCAGAGCAGCGCACUUGCGUGGCCAGUCCAGACCGGGGCGCCGCAGGUGCUGUGGAGAAGCUGGGGGGAGGGGGAGUGCACCCCCUGUCCCGCCUCUGUCCGUAAACUGUUUUUAAUUGUUAUAAUUAUCGUUGCUGUAAAGAAGCUGUUCUGGUGAGAAAUUGACUUGACAGGAGACCAGUUUCCUCCCAGACCCAGAGAAAGAGGGGGCGCGCAGUGCUCUGCGGGGGCUAGUGGUCGAGCCAGCAGAGUGUUUCUGUGGGAGAAGGGCACCCGGCUGGUCCUGCUCCGGUCCCCGGUUCGAGCCCUCCUGCGGCCGGGAUGGCAGACAAGUCCCUGGCGCUGCCCCUGCUGUGCUCUGAGGAAACGCCCCCCCUCGUGCGCCCCAGCACAGCAGCAGCGGGGUGAGCUCUGGGGACCAGUGUAGCGCAGUGGGGUCUGGGGGAGGACUGGGAGGGACGAAGCUUCAGAGGUCCUCGGCGCCCAACUUUAGUCAAGGCCACCCUGGGGCAGGUUGAACCCCCCUUUUGCCGGGGGGAGGGGUGUGACGGACCCUCCUCCGGCCCUUAAGCAGUGUGGCCUUGAAAGAUGGUUGUUUGGGUUCCCCCCUCCCUGCAGGAGAGACCUGUCUUUGUCACACAGAGAAGGCAACAGGCUCAGGCCUCCUGGACAGCAGGGGGCAGUAAGCACUGUGCUGGGUGGCUGUCAGCUGGACCCUCUCUCUAGUCCAGGGAGCAGGUCGUGUCCCACCCCCCUCCCUGAAACGCCCUGUCAGUGUAGGUGCCUGCCUUCACAAGACCUUGAAAUUAUGUUCUGAGUUGCACCUCUUUUUAAAGAAAGGACCUGACAAGCUUAAAGCACAUUUAAACAGAACAAUGAAGCGUUGAGGUUUGGAAAGGAGCCUGAGGUGCCAGUGCUCUUCCGGACGAGUUCAGCGAGGCUGUGAGAUCAGGUGUACCCUGUAUUUUUACGUAAUUAGGGGCAGGAAACCUUUUUCUUUUUGGAUGCCGCCCAUGUUGAAUCUAGCACAGAACACGAAGCACAAAGGAGAGCAGACACUAACACAGCAGUGUGCUGAUGGUCCGGUGUGCUGUGGGGUCAGGGCAGAAGGGUGGGGCUUGUGUUAGAGUGGCAUGGCUGGCGGUCGUACCCCAAGACUUUCAGAGGGUCUGUUUUAGCCACAUGCUGACGAGAAGUUGUGUAAAUGCAGAGCCCAGGAGUGAGGUCCACUAACCUCGCUCUCAGUCAUGGUCCCGUCCUGGUCCUGUGAGGGGCUUGAUCUGCCCAAAAGGACAGGGGGCUCCAGUGCCUUGGGUUCGAAGUGGGGUCAGAGGUCAGCUACUCCAGGCCUGCCUGCAGACACAGGGUCCCCUGGCCCACUGGCUUGAGUGCCGUGACAAAACCACAUGAGUUUUUCCUUCUGUUUCCACCUGUUUUCCUGCUCUGGGACUCAUCCCAGCUCCUCCCAUGAUUCUCCAAGUUUGGGGCCCUGGCUGCAGGACCCCAACUUGAGGUGCAGAGGAUGGAGAAGGGGGACCCCUAAUCCUCAACCCCCCCUCUAUAAGCACAGAGCAGGUGUGCCCGAGUCAUACCUGCACAUGACGUCUUGUUGGCGGGUCAAGUGUAGGUCUGGACUGAGGGGGUGAUGAGUCGCUACGUUUCUGGGCACCCCUCAUCCAGUCAUCCAGUUCACUUGGAUGAGUAGGAGCGUGAGGGACACCAGGAUUGGAACCCGCUGACCCGGUUCUGGGAUGUAGUGUGUUGCCUUUGUCUGUGGUCGUAGGUCUAGUCUGCGCUUUAGGAGUGUGUAUGUACAUGUAUGUGUACACUGCCUGUGCAUGUUCUUACAUAGGUAUGUGCGUGUGCAUCUGUACAGAGGAGCACAGAAACGCUCGUUCCGGCUAGAGCUGCUCAGCGCUGUCACUAGGGGGCGAUGCUGGGGUCUGCCCCUGUCCUGCAGGGUCUGCUCAGCGCUGUCACUAGGGGGCGAUGCAGGGGUCUGCCCCUGUCCUGCAGUGUCUGCUCAGCGCUGUCACUAGGGGGGCGAUGGUGUGUUUGCCCCCUGUCCUGCAGGGUCUGCUCAGCGCUGUCACAAGGGGGCGAUGGUGGGUUUGCCCCCUGUCCUGCAGGGUCUGCUCAGCGCUGUCACU